GAGAAAAAUAUGAAAACUCAAAGAUUGCCGACAGCAUUGGCAAAUAAAUAAUAAUCGAAUGAGGCUUAAAACUGUUGCUGCAACAGAGUUACAAAUCGACGUACAAAUAAACACAGUUGACAGCUUGGCUCUUGGGCGCAUAGUACGGCCGUAAGGACAACACCGCGAAACCACCACCACCAACAACAACAACAAAAACACCAGUAAGCUAGGCACCUUUGGCAGUUCGACGAAAGCGUGCAACUCACUCGAGAACAUUUGCCCAAAUUGAAUUCCGCAAAACGUCGGGCACCACACAAACACACUUCAAAUCAAUAACGACCGACCACGACGACGACGACGGUGAAUCGACGCGACGGUUUUAUUCUAUUGCAUUAAGUUUGCAAAGAAUUUUUGCAUUGCAUCGGGUUAGCGAAUACAAAUGAAAACGUCGUUUGUGAACGCGUCCGAUUUCGACUAUUCCAGUCGCCCCGUGUACGAGGGCGAACAACGUCACGUACAAUUACAAUACGAGCAACAGCUGCAACAGGACACAGUAGACGAUACUCAGCAGCAAGCGCAACAAGAGCAACCAGAACGAGCACACCAUCAACGCCGCCAUCAUCAUCAAUCGCCGCAUACUUCGCGACAGCAGACACGUCAGCAUCAAAAUCAGCGAUAUCGCGAGAAUCCGCAGCAGAGGCAAGAAGAGAGUUCUGCCGCCGUUGCUACGUCGACCAUUGUCUAUCCAUACGACGCACAUAUAAAGCGCUCGUCGAGUAGUUUUGUUGAUACUGAAGAGCAACAACAAAACCAACAAUUACGAAAAGAAGAAAAAUAUUUGCGAAAUCGUGAGAUUUUGUCCGAGUGCCGCGACAACGACAAUAAUAGUCUUUUGGCGCAGAGUGUAAUUUAUAUUGACGAUAGUAAUUGCGAUCAAGAGGCGCUUGCGGACCAAAGGCAGCCGCUGAAAGAAAGCAACGGCGUUAACUGUUUCAUCGAAGACGACAACAACACCAAUAGUAAGCUUGUCAGAAAUAACGAGACGAGUAUUGUUACUUCGACGAAGAAGCAAACACCGACGCGUUAUCACUCCACUUCAGCAACCAACAAAUAUCAUCACCAACAGCAGCAGCAGCAGCAGCAGAAACAAUUGAGGCAGCCGUUGCAGCAGAAAAUAUCGAGUAAACGUAAACGGGAAACAGUGUGUGAUUGUGGUUGCGUCGAUUCCUACACAUCGUCCUCGUACAACGGUCUUGGCGCUAGCGCCUCGAAUUCACACAGCAACAGCAACGAAGCUAUCUUUGUCGGUGUUAUAAGUAGCACAACUGCCGUAGCAGCAGCAGCUGCAACUGUUUCAGCGCAAACGACAACCAACAAUUCAGCAGCGGUGGCGGCGGCAACAGCGACCAGCAACAGCCUCAAGACGGCGCACACAAAAGUCGCCACAUCUGGGGGGCACGCCAAUACGCAGCCCCCCAGCAAGCGUUCGAGUAGCGGCGCAGAUGGCGAUUAUCAAUUGGUGCAACAUGAGGUGCUCUAUUCGCUUUCCGCUGAGUAUGAGGUUUUGGAGUUUCUGGGUCGCGGCACAUUCGGUCAGGUGGUGAAAUGUUGGAAGCGCGGCACCUCUGAAAUUGUAGCUAUUAAAAUCUUAAAGAACCAUCCGUCAUAUGCACGUCAAGGACAGAUUGAAGUUUCGAUUUUGUCGCGACUUAGUCAGGAGAAUGCCGAUGAAUUCAAUUUUGUACGUGCUUUCGAGUGUUUCCAGCACAAAAACCAUACGUGUUUGGUGUUUGAAAUGCUUGAACAGAAUUUGUAUGAUUUCCUCAAACAAAAUAAAUUUUCACCGUUACCUUUGAAAUACAUACGGCCCAUUUUAGAGCAGGUUUUAACGGCAUUGCUGAAACUGAAGCAACUUGGUUUGAUACAUGCGGACUUGAAGCCGGAAAAUAUAAUGUUGGUAGAUCCCGUACGGCAACCGUAUAGGGUGAAGGUGAUUGAUUUUGGCAGUGCUUCGCAUGUCAGUAAAACCGUAUGCAAUACAUACUUGCAAUCCCGCUACUACCGCGCACCGGAAAUCAUUUUGGGCUUACCAUUUUGUGAGGCAAUCGACAUGUGGUCGCUGGGUUGUGUUGUGGCUGAGCUGUUCUUGGGUUGGCCCUUAUAUCCGGGCUCUUCUGAGUUCGAUCAAAUUAGGUACAUAUCACAAACCCAAGGUUUACCUACGGAGCAUAUGUUGAAUAGCGCCUCAAAGACAUCAAAGUUUUUCUAUCGCGACGUCGAUUCAACCUAUCCGUUUUGGCGUUUGAAGACCACCGAGGAGCACGAAGCAGAGACAAACACAAAAAGCAAGGAGGCACGCAAAUAUAUAUUUAAUUGUUUAGACGAUAUUGGUCAAGUAAAUGUGCCCACUGACUUGGAGGGUGGUCAAUUGCUGGCCGAGAAGACUGAUCGUCGCGAAUUCAUUGACUUGCUUAAACGUAUGCUAACCAUUGAUCAGGAACGUCGUCUUACACCGGCUGAGGCAUUGAAUCACUCUUUCGUACGCCUCACUCACCUGGUCGACUAUGUCUAUUGUAAUAAUGUGAAAGCUUCGGUACAGAUGAUGGAAGUGUGCCGUCGUGGUGAUUUUCAUACCGUGCAACCAGCUUCUACUUUGGUUACAAACUUUGUGCCCAGUACUACUGAGAAUAUGACGUUUACCAUCAACAAUCAGCUGACGAGUCAAGUGCAGCGUUUGGUGCGUGAACGUCCACUUGCCUACGAAGGGCUAUACCAAAUUUACGGCGGUCGCAAUGUUGGCCGCCAAUAUACACAAGGACGUGCUGAUGCCUUCCAACAUCAGUUGAAUAUUUUGUGCCCAUCGUCUUAUCAGGCGAUGCCCAGUCCCACCAAACAUGUCGUGGUUGGCAGCGCCACAAUGCAGCCACCAUUACAGGUUCCUCCACAGCAGUAUGUGAAUGUGCCUGUACCUGUAUCAAUGGUGGAGCCGGCAUCCGGUCAACGCAUGUUACUGACCAAUCGUGUACAAGCCAGCGGUGUGGCCUGGCCGCAAACGGGACGACAGAUGGCUUUGGUCCCAUCCUGGCAGCAGGCUCCAGCCCAUUCGCUGAUUGUCGAUUCCGCACCGUUUUUGAAUGUUGAGGAGAUUUAUCCGAAACACCAUAUGAAUAUACAAAGAAAUGAUCUCAAGAAGGAGUCGCCAGUGCAGCAUUUAGUCACUAAGAGCAACUCAUAUCGUGUGCCACGCCACGACAAAAAGGAGAAUAAUCAAUUAUCACCGGUCAAAAAGCGUGUUAAAGAGAGUUCACCACCACACCAGCAACGUUAUAAUCGAGCCUCACACGUCUCGCCGCAGUACCAUAAUCAUCACAAUUGCAACUAUGGCAGCAGCUAUAAUAGCAAUGCUGGUCCGGUUAUUACAUCGGCCUCAUCUAACAACAUUGUCAGCCAAGGUAGCAGCAACAGUGGUGGUGGUGGACACCAUCAUCACAGCAGCAACUCAGCCAAUCAACAACAUGUCAUAAGUAGCAGCAGUAGCAACGGUGGUGCUGGCGGCGGCGGGUAUAGUAGCAAUGGUCAUCACAUUGUCAAUAAUUGCAGUGGCAACAACAGUGUUGGUGGUGGCAAUUAUCACCAUCAGGCUCACCACACGCAACAACAGCAAACGGCUCAGCACACGCAUCAGCAUCACGGUGCUAUUGUAAAGCAACAGACUAUUACUAUUCACGACACACCAUCGCCCUCAGCAGUUAUUACGAUUUCGGAUAGCGAAGAUGAAGGAAACGAGGCCCCGGCACCGGCUCCUGCAGCGCCUGUAAUGAAACAACGUGCACAUGCCCAAUCACAGACGAACCCUGCUCUAUUGCAGCACUCUUCAUCGUCCUCUUCGUGUCGAGCCAGUGGCCAUCAGCACCACACGCAGUCACAGCAACAACCGCAGCAUGUACAUCAUCAUCACCACCAAAGUGUAGUGCAACAGCAGGCACCGCCGCAGCCUCAGCCGCAACAGCACCAACAGCAGCCUCAGUCGCAGCAUCAACAUCAUCAUCAGACGGCAAACAUCUAUGGUGACAACAACGACACAGAGGAGUUGCGUCGUCGUGGCAGUCAUACACACAGUGGUGGCAAUAGUCCGAGGCAACAACCACAGCAUCAAAGUCAGCAUCAGCAACAGCCAGCCUCAUCAUCCCACCAUCAUCACCAUCAUCAUCAUCAGCAGCCGCAACAGCAACAACAACAUCAGCAACCUCAUCAACAUCAACAAGCCUCACAGCCACAACCACAGCAACAACAAUAUCAACAGCCUGUACAACAAACACAUUCACAGCCACAACAACAGCAGCAACAACAACAACAGCAGCAGCCAAAUAUUAAAUAUGAACCGGGUCAAUCGCAAAAGAAACGCAUUCUGGCCAUGGCCCAAAACGAGUGCUACAACAAUGGCGGCAGCGGUGUUGGUUGCAGCGGCGGCAGUUUAGGCAAUCAAACGGCCAGUUUGCCACACUUGCCGACCAAACAGGAGCCAGCGGAAUUCUACGAAUAUCCACCACAGCAGGCCACUUCAGUUGUCGUCGACAACAAGCGUUCGUCAUGGGCAGCUGCAGCCACGCAAGCACCGCCAGCACAUCACAAACGUGAGGUCACAUCCACAGCCUCAUCGGCUUCGGCCUACGUGCAGCAUACACCAUCAUCAGUGGCAGUUGCACCGCCAUUGGCACACUCGAAGAGCUCAUCAUCAGCCGUUAGUGGUGGUGGCGUGGCUGUGGGUGCAGUAUCGGGUCCCACUACUGGGCCACCAUCGUGGGGUGCACCACAAGUGUAUCAUCGUCAACAGCAAACUCACACCGCUGUACAAGUAGUGGCACCAACUGCUCAGCAACAGCCACAACAACAACAACAGCCGCAACAUCAUCAACAUCAAGCGAAUACACCGAUUGGAGGCUCGCCAGCUGCUGCUACAGCCGUUAUGCUGCAACCGGAUAUUUAUGCACAGGGCGAUAUGUACCGACGCCCAACGGUAUUUGUAUCACAGGCGACUCCCACUUAUGCUUAUAAUCGGGCUGCAGUCGCUCCGCCCCCAGCACAUAACAGCUCCAGUCGUCAGGUAAUACCAUCGCAUCCACUACCUGCCCAUAUACAUUUCCCCACACAGUACAGCCAAUUUGGUCCAUUAAGUCCAGCACAAGUUGCCGCUAGCAAGCAUGCGCAUUACGCACCGACGAACAUAUGGUACGGUGGAGAAUAAACUGGUUUAAAACACUCGAAUCGUUUCUAACUGAUUAUGUUGCUGGCAGCAACAGCAGAUUUAAGAAAUCCAAAUCCAGCGGCAAAAAUAACUAUAAUAAUAACAACAACAACAAUUAUAAUGCUGAUAACACUAGUUUUAGCGAUUUACAACAACAAUUGCAAACAACACUGUUAAUGCAGCAGCUACAAAAUCAACAACAACAUCAGCAAGAAAAACUAGAUUUGAAAUUACAAACGUCUAAGCGAUGCACUUCGGUUGCUGACACAAACGAGAUGCCAGCAGCGGAAGCACAAACAACCAUUGGGGAUAAUCAAAAUUUAUGUUUUACACGCUGGUGGUUUAUGCUGAUGCAACAGACAAUUAAAUACAAUUACAACAUGUUGCAACGUACCAACGCUGCAACAACAACAACAACAACAUCGACGGCAGCAACAGCUACAACAUCGCUACCAACGGCUUUUCUAAAUGAGUUACUGGGGAAUGUAACAAAUAUCUUUUCAAGCGAACAAUAACAACAACAACAACUAUAAAAAAA